AUGGCGGCAGCUGGCUUCCGUCUGACAGAACCCUCUGCGUUGAUCCCGCUAGCGGUUGACCGGGCGACGUUGUGUCUCACAAUGGAGAAGGAUCGCGCAGCGUGGGCUGCGCAUGGCUAUGGCGAUGAGUACACGCCUCAGAUUCACUUGGCAAUGGUCUUCUCACGCAGAGACGGUGCAGCAGACAUGGCUCGGUCAUUAGGGUACAAUGCCGUCACCUUCGACAUCGCGGACGGCAGCUGGUCGGACGCUGCUGCCAUCGGCGGCCUGAUGAAUCUCGUCCACAUCACCAUGCAGAUGCGGUCUGGUGGGCUCGUGUGGAUGUCGCUGCCGCAUGUCGACAGCAGCGUUGAGUUUGAGCACGUCGUGUGCUACAUCGCGUUCCUCGCCCGCAUGCGCCGCGCGUAUGUCGCCAUAUCUGCACCGCUCAGGUCGCAGAUGCUCCAGGUCGGACACGUCAUGGUCAUGUUCGUGACGCUGGGGCUGCAACGCUACGUCACGUCCCUGGGCGCGUUCGGCGGUGCCGAGGGCGCCGGCCAUUUGGAGACCUAUGCGAACGCACCCGCCGCGAAUGUGACCGAC